GAGUAAAGUGAUCAGUUUUGUGCCUAAGGAGCUUCGUGAAGCUUGGCUUCAUAAGCGGUAUUUUAAAUCAAUAAAAUUAAUUAAUAAACAUAAACAAAUAAAUAAAUACAAAUUAAUUAAAAGAAGAACAUAUAAAUUAAUAAGUGUUUUUGCAAAGAAAACAAAAAAAAGAAAAAAAAACACAAAAUAAAGUGGAUAAAUUAAUUGAAAUAAAAUUUAUACAAGUUUUUAUUAGUGCUUUCAAUAAAACGUGCAAAUUUUAAAAACUUUUUGUGAAAAAAAGGAAUAUUAAACUUUAUAUAUAAAAAAAAUCAUUAAAUUAUUGUUAAAAAAUAAUUUGAGUGAUUUUUUUAAGGAAUAAAAAAUAAAUAAAUUUUAAAAAUAAAACAAAAAAGCUCCUAAAUAAAAAGGCAAAAUGAUACCUAUUCUAUCUAAACUUAGCGGCUUUUAUAGUUCCUAUGUGUUGGGCGUUUUAACCAUAGGCUAUAUAUUGGGCGAGUUGGGUCAUUAUUUAAUUGGUGUUACCUCUAAACAGACGGCCAUGGAAUUGGAUUAUGGUGAUAUAUCGUGUCAACAGAAUAAUUCCAUGUUUUUGCGUACCGAAGUGCCCACACAAUGUGCAGAUAUUAAAAAUGAAACAAGUUGUGUGGCUUCUGAGGUCAACGGUACAGCCUAUUGUGAAUGGAAUUAUAAUGGUUUGGGCAUAGAGUAUCAGAUAUUGGCGGGUCCUACUUUUAUCUUGAUUUUCACCAUAGCGGGUGUGUUUAUGGGUAUAGCGGCCGAUAAAUACAAUCGUGUGAAAAUGUUGACGGUGUGCACUUUGGUAUUUGCGGUGGCUAUUAUCUUACAGGGUACUGUCAAGGAAUAUUGGCAAUUGGCUUUAUUGAGAAUGAUAAUGGCGGCAGGAGAAUCGGGUUGCAAUCCUUUGGCUACCGGCAUUAUGUCUGAUAUUUUCCCCGAGGAUAAGCGUGCCUUGGUUAUGGCCAUUUUCAAUUGGGGUAUUUAUGGUGGUUAUGGUAUUGCCUUUCCCGUGGGUCGUUAUAUUACCCAAGCCAAUUUCUUUGGCAUGGGCUGGCGUGUUUGCUAUUUGGGUGCUGGUGUUUUGGCCAUUUUAAUUGCCGCUCUCACGGGCACUACUCUCAAGGAACCCGAACGCAAAGUUAUAGGCGAUAAUGAGAUGCGCACUAAGGACGGCAAAAAAGCCAAUCUGUGGUCGGUGUUAAAGAACCCGGCCAUGAUUAUGUUGAUGAUAGCAGCCUCCAUAAGACAUUCCGGUGGCAUGACUUUUGCCUAUAAUGCUGAUUUGUAUUAUAACACCUAUUUCCCUGACACCGAUUUGGGUUGGUGGUUGUUUGCUGUAACCAUUGGUAUUGGCAGUGUGGGUGUUGUAGUAGGUGGUGUGGUUUCAGAUAAGAUUGUUGCCAAAAUGGGCAUACGUUCAAGAGCUUUUGUUUUGGCUAUUAGUCAAUUGAUUGCCACUUUGCCAGCAUUUGGCUCGGUAUACUUUGACCCUCUGUGGGCUAUGAUCACCUUGGGCGGUUCGUAUUUCUUUGCUGAAAUGUGGUUUGGUAUUGUUUUUGCCAUUGUGGUGGAAAUUGUGCCAUUGCAAGUACGCUCUUCAACCAUUGGUGUGUUUUUGUUUGUCAUGAAUAACAUUGGUGGCAAUUUGCCCAUUUUUGUGGAUCCCGUGGCAAAGGCAAUUGGCUAUAGAGGUGCUAUUAUGAUUUUCUAUGCUGGCAUGUAUGGCAUAAGUUCGAUUCUUUUCCUCAUCACCUGUUUCAUGUUGGAGGGUAAACCUCAAGCCUCAGCCGAGGAAAAGGCUGAAAAUGGUUUGGAAGUUCCUGCUAGAAAUAUUCAGGGACAUGACAACUCUGUCUUCUCAAACGAUGAACCUCCUGCCUAUCCCAAUGGCAAAUCCAAUACAGCUCUACCCAAUCACUUGCAAAUGUACAAUAACAACACAAAUUCCCAUAAACCUCAAAUACAAGAGAGCAGUAGACUGUAGGUUAUAUCUCUAAACAUCGCUUAGUAUUUCCCAACAAAAAAUCAAAAUUGUUAAAUAAUUUCUCUCUAUUUCUAUUUAGUUUAUAAGUUCAGCUCAUGUUUUUUAUACAAAAAAAUACUCAUUAAAAAAAAACAACAAAAAAUCAUUUAAUUAAAGUUAAUACAUAACAAAAUUUUCUUUUAUGUUAAGUUAAUUAUAAUGUUUGUUUGUUUUUCGUGUCUCCUCAUCUAACAAGUAUUAGUAGUUACAAUUAAAUAACAUUAUAUUUUGGUUUUAGCUAUUAAAAAAAAUAAAGGCACUUUGUUAGUAAUAAAA